AUGACUGGAGGUCAGGAGCAAACUCUGAACCUUGGAGCUAUUCGCGAUAAAGGGUCUUAUUUUUACAUUGAUGCCUCAGAUGAGUCAAAAUCCAACUGGAUGAGGUAUGUAGCAUGUGCUUCCAACGAGGAAGAGCACAAUCUCACUGUGUUUCAGUACCGGAGUAAGAUCUAUUACCGAUCGUGCCAGGUAAUCCCAGCUGGUUCAGAGUUGUUAGUUUGGAUUGGAGAAGAGUACGCCCGCACACUUGGCCUUAAACUGGGAGAACACUUCAAAUAUGAAUUUGGUGAAAAAGAGCUCCUAAUGAAACUUUUUCAAGAUCUACAUGUGAAGCUUCCGGACAACAUGCCCAGUCAUGGAACAGCACAUAGUCCAUACUCAUGCAAUGAUAUGGUGUCCUCUAUCAUGCAGACACACAAGGCCAAUUAUGCAGCUAGUAACAUGGGGCACCCAUCGUCUGGAUUUCAGCUGUUGGAAGGAACCCAUAAUUUGGUGAGCUUGGGGAGGGCACAAAGCAGAUACUGGACUUUCUUUGGCUUCCAGGGAGAUGCCUAUGGGCGAAUUAUUGACAAAACCAAAAUAAUUUGUAAGCUGUGUGGUGUUCGACUGUCCUACAGUGGCAACACAACCAACCUCAGGCAGCAUCUUAUCUACAAGCAUCGACGAGAGUACAAUGAGCUUGUUGGUGGGCAAGGGACUAUUCCAGAUGCCCAAAAGAAUGUGGAGACACUUUCAAGGGACUUUGCUGCCAGAGCAGUGGCAACACCACCUGUUGGAAGGAGCACCAAAGCUAUAGCAGAUUUUAUUGUGCGUGACUUGAUGCCAGUAGAAGUUGUAGAAGGCGAAGGUUUUAUUCAAAUGAUAGGUACAUUGGAUCCUAACUACAAAAUUCCAGCUGCAUCAUUCUUAGCUCACACAAUUCUGCAGGAAAUGCAGAUUCAAGUGAAACUAAAAGUGAUUGAGUUUGUAAAGUCUCUUCAGCACUGCUCAGUUAGUCUGGACUUGUGGAAGCAUUGCAGUUCUUUAUCCUACCUCACACUGACAGUACACUAUAUUGAUGACACUUUUGAGUUUAAAAACAAAGUACUUUCCAGUCACCCAGUUUCAGAAGAUUUCACAAUUGAAAGUGUAAAGACUGCAUUAAUGGAUAUUGCGGAUGAAUGGGACAUCAGAACACGUACUGCUUUUGCUGUAGGAUUAAACAAUACAGAUGUGAAGCUUGCAGUUUCAAAAGUAGGUUGGAAAUUCCUACCUUGUGUAGGGUACAUUCUGAAAGCAUGUGUUGAAUCUGUUUUAUUUCAUCCUAGAGUUGUGGAUGUUCUUAAUAAAUGCAGUAAGUUUGUAGCUGCAGUUUUUUCCUCUGCUGUUUUGAACGAUGAGGUGUCUUCUCAAGAACCCCUUCUGAAGGUACACUUAAAAAUGUUUCUACGUGAUGGAAGAAAAUGGUACAGCAUUUACAAUGUUUUACAGAGUGUGGGAGAUCAUAAAAAAUACCUCUGUGGCCUUAGUGAAAAACUAAGUGAAAAAGAUGUAUUGUUGCAACAGGAUGAUUGGGCAGUGGUUCAGGAUAUUUUGGACAUUCUGAAACCAUUAGCCAUUGCUACCUCCACCUUUACCAAAGAUCAUUUUACUAGUUUGUCUCUGGUAAAGCCAGUAAUAACUAGCCUUAUUUAUAAGCACUUGGCACCAAAUGAAUGGGAUUCAGAACUGGCCCGUAAUAUCAAGAAUUCUAUCCAUGAGGAUCUUACUAUGAGGUAUGCUGACAAAGAGGUCAGCCAGGUACUGAAUUUGGCAUGUGCAUUGGAUCCACGUUUUCGUGGAUUGGAUUUCCUAAACCAGGUAGACCGAGUGGAAACCUUUCACCUUUUAAAGCUAGAGGCCUCACAGCUAGCCAAGUCCCAGCUACCAGAAGGUAUCAGCAGUACCCCCGAACCAUGUAAUUCAUCUCCAUCUCCUAAAAAACUUAAACAAGAGUCUGGCAUUGAGUUUUUGCUAGGGGAUCUCUGCAAUGUUAGAAAUUCCUCCACAAACUCAGUCAGUCAACAAGCAGAACAAGAAAUCAGCAGCUUUCAGACUAGUGAAGCGACAUCUUUAUGCCAGGAUCCGCUACAAUGGUGGAAGAUGCACCACACACAGUAUCCACUUCUGGCUCGUGCUGCCCAGAAACUGUUGGCAGUCCCUGCAACAUGUGUAUCUACUACUUGGCUCUUCACUGAUGCUGGAAGCAUGGUUCAAAAGAAGCGUUCAUCUCUUACUCCAGAGCACGUGGACAUGCUUGUUUUUCUGAACAGAAAUUCGUCUCUUUUAUGAUUCAUUACCAAGUUCUGUAUUAGCUUUUUCAAAGAUGGCCUACCCACUCUUUUCUUUUUCCAUUAUGGAUUUUCAUUUUCAGGGUUUUCAGAAGGAAGAGUCCCUGAUGGACUGACCUGUUCAGCAUGUGAGGUAUUUUUGGUUGCAUUGUUAUAUGGCAGUUUAAAAAAAAGGUUAUAGAAAAGGGUCUGCAGUACCAGAGAAGAAUGGAAAUUGCUUAGCAAUAUAUAAUAUAUUAAACAUAUUUCUAGCUUUCCUAUUUAGAAUAAAGCAGACCCACCUCCUAACAUCGGCAGGGAAGUUCUAAUUUUUAUCUUAAGGAUCAUUGCUGCCAGGCAUUCAUUAUAUAUGGGAUGUGUACCCCACAUGAGGGUGUCAGCCUUUUAAGUCAGCCUUCAAAAACAGACCUCCCAAAACCAGCAGUAUGGUUAUUUCCUGCAAUGAGAACAUCAGCCAGCUAUCUUGUAAAGUGUGAGUAAUCAUUGCUGUCUUUCAUUCUUUUUUAACACAAGCAAAUGGUCACCUGUCUUAUUCAUGUUGUCUGUCACGUUCAGACAGUGCUUCAGAAAUGGUAAGUACACUGUCUUCGUACUUGAUUUUACUUGCAGUUUCAGUGGCUGAAGUUGACCCUGGAAGUAGUAAUCAAGAAACGUGUUCAUGAUAGACAAUCUCUCCCACAGGGCUAUUAAUUUACAGAGCAUAUUCUUUUCUCUGAGAAGGUCAUUAUAUAAUUAAUUGUAAAUGCUGUAAAACUUGAAAAAAAUGUGUAGGUGAAACGUAAUUCCUAAAUCUUUUGUAGAGCAUGAUAAAUUAAAUUAUUGAUCCUGUGACAAGGGAUGUCCAGCUGUGUUUCAGAAACUGAACCUUGUACCUGUUCCAAACACAGGGAAAAAAAAUGAAAGGAAUCCCAGGGGAAAAAAAAACAAACAAACAGAAUGAUAGAGAGACAGAAGAAGGUCUUAAGGAAAAAGUUUGUGGGGUGAGUGAGUGGGUGUAGAGACCCUGUUGGAUCCUGCAUUGAGGACUGAGAGUUCUGGAGAGGUUUAAAUGCAUCCACCUCUGGUUCAGGUGUAUGCUUUGGUUGUUGAUUCCUCUUUCUGUAGUAGUCCUUUCAGAGACAUAAAGCAAAACAGUUUAGAAAGUGUGCCACAGUAGGGCUCUUAGUCCCAGACAUAGGUGGCAGGUGCCAGCUUUCUAUAGAAGAAUAUUAGGGACUCUUCCCAGCCAGCUCCUUCCCUGGAGUUUCUCGCCAUUUUUAUUCCCUUUAUUUUGCACUAAAUGUAGCAGCUACCUCCAGUUUUGAGUGUGUUAUCAUGACUACUGUACCUUAGGCACUGCAGAUGCUUGAGACCCAAGCAACUAAUCUCUCAACUCCAGUGACGCUGAUGCAUAUUUUGGCCUCUGCUCAGAAUAAUUUGUAAAUGUUUUGCAGGGAAAUAUCUUAUGAUUUGGUAAAGAACUAGAGGAUUGCUGGUACAAUCCCUCUGCCCUUCACUUUUUAUGGGUAAUUCACAGUUGAAAUUUAAGUGAGAUCCUUCCUAGGGAGAGUUAUCUGAACUGCACCUGUGAAAAGGGAGUUUGGUUACUUGGACUGGAUCUACUCUUCUGUGGUUAUAUGAGAACCACAGUGGUUCCCUAAGCCACAUUUAGCCUUAUCCUCCCUCAACAGUUGACCACAUCCCUUUCUAGGGCCCAUCACUGACAUUUUGCAGAAUGUUAUUCUAAACAAAUCAGCGAUACAGAAAGAAACUUGCCAGGCACCCUAUGAAGUCAAGCAGUUUAGCAACUGUACCACAGGUGGUGCACAAUUGUGGCAUGGUUCUGUAAUUUAGCUGUAAUAACUACAACAUACCAUACCUGUAUAAAAUGAUACACAGAUAAGUUAAUAGCUGUUUUGUUACUGACUGUAGCAGCAGACAUGGAUGUGUUAAAUGGGGGCUCACAUGGUCAGAUGAGUGCACAUUAAUUACAGUGCAACAUGUAGCUAGACACCUGGUGAAGUGAAUGUUAUCUAUAGGUGAUGGUCACUGUUGAUAUGACAACUCAACCCCAUGUACAAAAUAAGGUAAUGGGGGUUGAUGCCAAGUGUGUAUGUUCCAGUACAAGUAGCAGUUGACCAUGUCCUGAAAAAUUGCUUAGUGGGAUCUGCAUGUUUGCUACAUGCAGUAAACAAAUACAGUACUUUUACUGUCAAAAAAGAUGCUAUUGCUGCUUUCAAUGUGUUUUAGAUAACAAUACAGAAAAAAUGAAUAACAGCACUUUGCAGAAAGGCUGGACAUACUGGUUAACAACAGUUGUAGUCAGGUCAGGCCCAAGGAAUACCACUAAUUAGCACUCACCCAUGACCAUUUUUAAUGAAUAAUCUUCUGUUUUUAAUUUUGUAAGUUAAGAAUAGUAUCUCAGUUUUUCUUCAAUUUUGUAUAAAUGCAGCAAAAAAGGUCCCCUGCAUGGAAGUGAUUGCAUGGCUCAAUCAAACAUAACCAAACCAAAAGCAAGAGCCAGCAACUGUGAGCUGUGUAAAAAUAGUUUAAUGGAAAACAAGAAAAUAACAGACCGGUUUCAACUAUGGAAUUAACCUAGCCUUCAUCAGUGUUAAUAUGCCAAACAUCUUGUAGUCCUUAUAAACAGAUACAAAUAAUUAAUCAAGAAAUUUAAUUGCUGAGCUGCUGAGCUCAUAAAUAUUAAUUUAGACCAGGUUGGAACAAUCAAUCUAGCUUUACAAUCCAUUUUUUCUCUAACAUUUAAUUUGCUGUGCCAGCCAGAUUUGUGAGUUCUGUCACCUACUGUCUUGUCAAUGAUAGUGAAAUGAAAUGUUGCUGUGGUAUGUUUUAAAGUGUGUUUGUAUAGGGCAUUACUCAUCCUUUUACAUUUGACAUCACUAAGAUGUUCGGAAAUACAUAAUCUGAGGGGUCUGGAUGUCUGUCCUAUAAAAAAUGCAUGGCAGCUACAAGUAGCCAGAUAUAUAAUCCAAUCUGUACUGCAGUUUGCAAAAAAACUUAUAUCAAAUAUGGUCCCACAAUUACUGCUAGAGAACUGUGUUUUUGAUAACAAUACAGAAAAAUGAAUAACAGCACUUUGCAGAAAGGCUGGACAUACUGGUAAACAACAGUUGCAGUCAGGUCAGGCCCAAGGAAUAUCACUAAUUAGCACUCACCCAUGACCAUUUUUAAUGAAUAAUCUUCUGUUUUUAAUUUUAUAAGUUAAGAAUAGUAUCACAGUUUUUCUUCAAUUUUGUAUAAAUGCAGCAAUCCUAAUUUGCACUGCAGUAGCCUCUCAGUCCCAAACUACAUGGGUAAAUAUUUCAGAACGCAAUGCAGUGUUAUGAUGUAUGGAUUUUACCUGUACCACUCUGUUCACCUGUCUUUCUCCAAGUUAAAGCAUGUUACAAUUUCAAUUGUGAGCAUUGAAAUAAAGCUGCAGCUCAGUGAAUCCCCUAAGACAAGCAUUAAUUUCAAGGGACAAGCUCCCCAUACAGCCUUUACUUAAAUAUACUGACUCCACCGUCCCAUAGUUAUUGAGAAAAGAGAAGAUAACACCCAAAGAAAUCAUUGCUGACAUACAAAUUGAAACUGCACUGAAAGUGAUUUAUUUUGUAGAACUUUGUUAUAGAGAUGAACAUCAGAUCAACAACUACGAACUUAGCUUUGCAUUUAAUGAAGAGUAGAGUAAUGACCAGUCACCUACAGACUUGAGCAGAAUGAUAAAUAUAUAGAUGAUAACAGUAUAGAAUGUUGGAAAAUCAGUACUGUUUUUAAAGUAAUUACUUCUGCUUAGGUCAAUGAGAGAUUCACCUCUUGGCAGUUGCUGGCUUGUAGCACUUUAGUUAGAAUCUAGAAGCUUCUUUCCCACAGACUCCCCCUCUUUCUUUGCUUGGAUGGACUCCUGCCAGUAUCUACUUUUUUACCUGUGGAAUUUGAGGUGUAAUUGAGUAAUGGCAUUCUAACUGCAAAAUGGGGGGGGGGGGCUACAACUUUCAGUAGAGAAUAGGCAAUGUCUGCAUGCUCUUCUAUGCAUCUAUUUGCAGCCUUGCAGAAACCUGCCUUCCUUCCCUAUUCAGUCCAGUACAGCCUGCUUAGACUGUUGUCUUGCAUGAGUGGUGCAUCAUAGUCCUUGGACCUUUCUAGUCCUUCUCUGUGAAUAAUUUCCAUACUAAUAUUGCAAAAAGCAAAGAUGCCUUUUAAGAAACUUCUUGGAUUUUCUCUAGCCAUCCUUUCACUUUCACCACACUUCAGAAUAGAAAACUAAAUUAGUUGAGGAGGUUCCUGUUUUAUUUAUUAAAUGGCGUGCAUGUUCACCUGUGAUUUAUGUAAUUGGCUGGGGAAUAAGAGCACACUGUGAGAUGUGAUAGUGGCAUAAACAGAUCUUAUCAUGUUGAAUGGGACAGAUGUACUCUGACUACGUGGCAUGUCAGUAGGAUGAGAAAUGGCACUAGGAGUAGGCAGUACCUUUGCUGGCUCUGUAAUGGCACAAUAGGAAACAAGAGAUUCUUUUGGUACAAAACAGUAGUGAAGUUGUAGAUGAUUCAGAAAAAAAUAGGUAGAUGGCGGCACUAGGUAUGAUUGCAACAAAGGUGACAAUUUCCUUGUUUUUUUUCCCAGGAGGUGUCAUAUUUGAAAAGACAAUGAAACUUAUGGGGGAACAUUUUAAAUAGGUAGUGAAAGAACUCCCUGGCAGUCAGAGAACGUAUGUUGAUCUCCUAGGGACUGAGGAACCUAAGCCUUCUGGUGAGGAUCAUUUGUGUAACACCUUACUAGAACUAAACUUCCAUCCCCUUAUACCCAAGGAGCCUGUUUCUGUAGUGUGUAGGAACCUAUUCAAAACCCCACACUUGACAUAUGCAGCAUUGUCCUUGGAUGAUUCAUUGGGAUCCAGUACUUUCCCCAGUGAUCAAAGAGUAGAGUAUUUAGCAGGCUUGGCAAAAAUAUUUACAUUUUUGCCAUACUGUUGAUCUGGGCUCCGAAUGUCAGACCCACAUGAUAUAGUAACUGGGGACAUCUUAAAAAGAGGUAUUGGAUGUUGCUAAACACAUUUCUGAUGAUUCUUUCGAGUGAAAAAGACAUUAGAGACCCACCUGGCAACACUUUUGCAGGUUAACCAACAUAGGCAUCUUGACCAUUACGAAAACCUUACUCUAGACUUCCAUUUCCAUACAGAACUUGGUAGUAAUGUGCUAUUGCACUUAAAAUUCUGCUGUAGAAUUAGCAUUCUGCCUUUCAUCAAAAUUUAGAAACUCUUGCCAAAAAUGUUCUACUCCCAAAAGAGUACAGCCCUCCCACAGUUAGUGUUAACUACACUCUGCAUACUAUACUAAUUCAAACCACAGUAAAUAAAAUACACACAUUUAUAUUCCUUGCUAAUCCUAAGUUACACCAUUGUCUACUCCUUCAAAAGGCUAAAUGGCUGCUGCUUGUCACAUGCCAUUUUCCUGCUACCCACCUUUCUGUUGAAGCUUUUCAUCCAGCAAAUGUGUCAUCCAGUUUCCUCAGAUCAACCAGGCAAAAUCUUUACCUGUAGCCUCAGAAGAACCUAUAAAAAAUUGUCUCCUUAACAUGACCCUCCUCACUUUCAUAACAUUUGUGGGGGGAGAAGGCAUUUUCAGAUCUUGCUGUGGCCUGCUGGAGCUGCAUACUUAUAUAAAUUGGAAUGCAACAAAUGCAGUUGAAGUGUGAAAAAAUGCUAAAAUAAUUUAUUUUCACAUAAAAUAAGUGCAAAUGCUUUCAUGACACUGGGUACCCCUUAAUUCAAUUUAACAUGUAAUGUUUUGCAUGCUAGUAGGCUUUUGCUCUUUUGUAUCUUAAGUAUUCAAACCGUAUAUUGAGCUUAUAAGACUGUCCUGUAAAUACUAUGGCAAAGCUGUCAAUUUUUUGCUGUUCUGAGCUCUUGGUCAUGGUUGAAAAAGACAUUUGCCGUGGCCCUCCCAUCUGAUUAACAAAUAAGCAAGCUGCCACUGAUGUCUGCCAUGGUGCAGUAGCAGUCUGCUAAAUGUGGCUUUGGUGCAGUAUAUGCCUCUUCUAAAACAGCUGCUAGCAGAAACUAAAAAGCAUGUGUGAUUAGGAAUUCAGUCUUUGCUUUCGGGUUUUAAAAGGUCACUUUUGAAUGUGCCCUUUUAUUGGUCUUUGGAUGAAGUUAUCCAAGAAUUUUGAAUUUGGAAGAGAAGGGGGAAACCAUAAUGUCUGUCAAACAGUUUUCCACCCACCCUCCCCAUGCUGAGGUAUUCAAGGAAUUAAUCAACUGAAACGUGUCUGUUUUGCAGAAAGCCAUCAAUGGCAGUCCAGUAGAGAGAGAGGGAGAGAAGGCAAAUCAAAAAAUGCAACAAGUAUGUAAAGUGAAGAAGGUUCAGACUGAGAAACAAGGCUGAAGAAUGGGAAUAGAUCCCCAUCAGCCAGAAUUGGUGGUUCCCAGUUCUGACCACUCAAUGUGCCAGCUUAUUUAAAGCUUUUGUGUAGGGUAGUAUCCUGUUUUAAGCAAAACAAGUUUCUCUUAGCCUCUGACAAGGAAGUAAGAGAAGUAGAGUACUUGUAGUUGCCACCCUUUUGGGCUUGCUUCCUCUACCAAAAACACAGCUUCACCUGUCUUAGCCCAUCCCUGCACAGAUUUUGGAGUGGAAUUAUGAUUCUUUGGGUUACAGACUGUCAAAAAACAAAUGUUUGAGACUACACAGUCAACCAGUGUUAUCAUGAAGUAACAGCAUAGAAAAAAGUAUAAUUUUUGGCAUGAGCAGCAGAGUUGCCAUAAUGGUUAAUGUCUUUACCAAACAAUUUCAAGGUGUAAGUUUUGAUUCUAACCUCUGGUUAUUGGCUAGGCUUGUAAUAAUCUGCAAACUGAUAAUGAACUUAGUGUGUACACACAGUUUUGUAGGGAGCUUCCCAGUGUCGAGGCUUCAUGUAUACACUCUAUUUUCUAAAUAUACUGACUUCAAGGUUGCACCACCGCAGAGGUAAAGAUGUUGGUGUUCUUAAAUACUAUUUUCCUUGAGCUCUGAGGUGUUAUAUUCUCUGAAUUAAUAUAUUUAAAGAGUGGGGGUGGAGAGGAGAGUUUGCUGUUUAACAAAAUGCUAUUUUCUUUACAGUAGUUGUGUUAUGAUCUAGGAGUUAAUAUGUUUAGAUGUUAGUAAAAACUCUCACAUCGGGAAAGGGAGUGCAGGGGGUGUCAGUCCUCCCUUGCCUUACAGAAAACAUAUAACAUCAUGAAGAAUGUGCUGAUGCAUAAUGUAUAAUGUAUAGCUGUUUAUAUUUUGUGACAGAUUAGGACUUUGCUGCUUCAUUCAAGAUAUUUUCAGUUUCAACAAGCAGUUACACAAUAGUGAAGAAAAAUAAUUUUUACUUUAGGAUGUUUAAGUAACCAAGACAGAGUAUCUUUGGAGACCUGUCUGAACCACUAGAUCCAAAGCUUUAACUUUUGCUUGCAAUUUAAGUAGGACAUGUUAGAGGGACAGUUAUGUAUCUCAGAAAAUGUCCAUUCUUUGGAAUAGGCUUCCUCAUCCAUGUGAAGCAGUGCCCUUCCCUAACCCUGGUCAAAUGUAACCUGGACCAGUGGAUGGGAAAUUGGAAAUUCACCCCUGGUCUGACGCCUAUGUCUCUGAUGAACAGAGGCAGCAGUUAAAUCAUGCCCUAACUACAUACACCCCUUUAGACAUCCUCUAAGGCAAAAUAGCCUGUGGGAUAAAUUUCAUUUGCAUGGCUAGACUUACAAAGCCGGUAGUCAUUAACCUAGUACAUACCUAUGAAGCUAUGUCCCAGACUUGUCCAGUCUGAGCAGCUUUGUGACUGAGAAAAAAUUCAUAAUGCUCACCCUAUAGUCCCUUCUCCCCUCUCUAUGCUAGAGGACACCCCCUUGAGCACCUUGGAUAUGAAAGGUGUGUGUCUUGUUAUUCCUUUUAACAGGGCUUACAGAUAGUAUCUCACAUUUACUGUGGGAACCUCAUACUGCCAGUUCACUUUCUUAUCCAAUGUUUUUUCUAAAACACCCAGAGUUAUCUGCAAGUGGUUGAUACUAGUCUUUGAGCAGCUCAGGAUGAAGGGACAUCCUUGUCUUUCCAUACCAAGAUGACUGAUUGUUUCUAGUGUGCUCUCUGCAGGAACUACAGAAAUACUUUAUCUGUAUCUUCCAUUGCUUCCUAAACCUAAGCAUUUCUUUGAAACUGUAGAAACCAAGGCUGGCUCCAUUGCACAGCCAAACCUUUCUGGGGGCAGUUCUAGAUACCAGGAAUGGUCUGGUGUCUUUUUUCCAAAGUAUGAUAGUGUUAAUGAACUAUUUCUUCUUGAAAGUUUGAUAGAAGACUUAACAGAGUGUCUCCACGCAUCCUGGCUGAGGCACAAGUUAGCAGCCUUUGUGAUGGUCAACUCUGCAAGGUAACAUACGAGUAAGACCAUUGAUACUUCUGUCACCUUUGACACUAACACAACUAGUUUGCGGCGGAAGAUACUGUACGAAUCCCCUCCUUCAGAAAAGAACUAUGCUGAUUGGCUUCCCUUUCACUAUUACAUAGCUAAUGUAAACACUGACAACAUAUGCCAAGGAUUAAACAUUUGAUUUCCACACUGCUCAUGUUGAGGUUCAAGGCUCGUGUUCCAGGAAUGUUAAAAGCAAAUAUGUAUAUGUGAAAGAGGUGAUGAUGAGUUAUCUGUGCCCUCAAGGCCUUCAGGAGAGCACUCAAACCAGAAGCUCUUAAGUGGUAGCAGACAACAUAAAUAAGUAGUACUACUACAAAAUCAGAAGAGGGCACAUACACGUAUUCUUUCUGCAGGUUACACAUGCAGCAUUUGGAACGAGGACAUAAGAACGCCACAUCUGGAGUGUCCCAUUUCCUUUUUAUGUGAAGAAGACCUUCCUGCCCAGUUUCCAUUCAUUCAUUAAUUCAUUCUGGGCUCCAUUGUCCUGGUAAGGGAAGCCUGUAACUGAAUUGUGCUGUUGGAGGUUCAAGUUGCUUGCUGAUUUAUUUGCAACUUCAUACAGUCCCUUACCUCAUAAGCAUGGGCACUUAACAGUUUAUCCAUUGGGGUCAAGGCUGUCUACUUCUGCACUAGUCACUUUGAUUCCAAAAGUGCUGGUGAAUGCAAGAAGUGAAAAAUCAAGUCCCAGUCACAGCCUGUCAUUGGCCAGGAAAAGUCCAUACAAUGUUAUAAGUAGUGCGUUGAGGUUCUGCCUAGUAAAACAUGUACAUUGAAGUCCAGUAGCUGCACUGUCCCGACGCCAGAGAAAGGAACCCUAAUGCAGGCCAGACUUAAAGUCUCAGGCUUAAAGCACAGAUUUGUAGUUGAUACCAUACAGCCAUCUCGUCUGUCCCUGAAUGGCCCAUUUAUUUUUAAAAGGUCUGAAAGUGUAACACCAGAAAAUUAUACCUGGACAGAUAAGUUUUCAAUGUGGUGAAACAAGAAACUACACUCUUGUGCUACAGUCUGUUUUUAUACUUUUCUUAGCUUCUGUCAGCACUGUCAACAUAACUAUUUCUGGUUCCCCCAAUCUCUUCAAACAGCUACUAAGUUGUUUCUGAAAGACAUUUUGCACAAAUGUCAUUAGAGGAUAUCCAUUCUUCCUUCAUGGGAUUUAAAUUGUAUGACUGUGAAGCUCACAUUACAUCCAUUUAAGCCUGAUGGGGUUACUGCUGUAAAAUUACAGUUCUGGAAGCCUCCUUUAAUCAUGGACAUGACUUCUAUCAGCAGAACUUCAGAAGUACAAGCCAAGAUGUGUUAAGAGUUUUAUAUAAUCUUUUAUAGAAUAGGGUGGCCCCCAGGAUCAACCUUUCUUUUGUGGAUAAAGAGAUUCUGGAGCUGGCCUUAAGUCAAUUCAUACAGCUUCCAACUCAUCCUCAUUCACAGAUAGCUGGGUUAUUAUACAAACAAGAGACAGGUAUAUGAACAUCUUACUUAUUUCAAGGUAAAAACUUUAAAAACUCUGACCAAAACAUUUGUCUCUGUAAUGUCAAGGAAAUAUGCUACAGCAGUACACAAAAUGGCUACCAGAUGUCAUCACCAUCUUCUGUGUUCUUCAUAAUGAGGCUCUGGCCAGAUUAGGGAGUACUCUACAAGGGCAGCUGUUUCCACUUUUGCUUAAAAAUAUCUCGGCCAUUUUACUUUUUUUCUACAUAUUUUUUAAACAAUAUAAGCUGGACAUUCAGUUGGCAGGUAGGGCAUUAAUCUUGACUCAGCUGUUCUAAAACCAUGUUGCAGGCUUCUACCCAUAUUUGGGAUCACAGAACCAUCACACUGCUUGGUAAUGUCCCAUAUGUUAUAAAUUCAUAGCAGUAGUGCUACCUAUGAUGACCGAAGAACAUUUGAGUAAGAGUACUAAUUUUAAUUGUACAUUUUAGAGUAAUAGGAUCAGUGGUGCUGCAGUUGAAGCCCUUCCCGCUACCUUUUUCUCCAAGUCCACUCUUAACCUUCCUUUUUUGACCAUUUUUCUCAUCUUGUAACCUACAUGCUAGGGGUAAAUUUUGAUUAAUACAUAUUGGCUGAGGUGUGUUUGUUACUAAUGCAUUGCAGUAUGGUGGAGAGUUAUACAUUUAUAUAUUUUAUAUAUAUAUAUAUAUAUACAUAUAUAUAUAUUAUAUAUAUGUGUGUGUGUGCGUGUGUGUGUGAGUGAGUGUGUGUGUAGAAAGUGACAAAAAGGGGAUUGCUGAUGAUUUUAUG